AUGUCAUCUGAAGACAUACCAUCGAGAAGAUAUCGUCAGACUCGUAAUACUCCGAUACCAAACACUACACCUUCUUCGCAACAACCUCAAAACCCACAACAUCUCAACUCGCAGGCCCAUUCGCGCGACACGAACUCCAAUAUGAAUUACCCCGCUCAACCAACCACUCCUCCUCGAACCCCUCGCAGAAACAAUCAAGCUCAGAAUGCUACCAACUCGACCGCCCGCGAAAAUGGAUCGAAACAGAAGUCGCGAAACAAGAAAAAUAAGCCGCAGAAUGUAACGACAUCACCCGCAAUGAAAGGGCGGGAUCGUACCACCCCUCCACUAGGAAGUACGAGCUCUGCUGGGCUACCCUCCAAACCGAUGAAUACACCGUCAAAUGGAAUGUUCGCCGGACCAACAUUUCAUGCCUCACCUGCUCCUUCUGCUCUUCCGAUACCUAGCUUCUACUCCAAAUCUGUGCCAGACUCGCCUGGGUUGAAGACAACUAGGUCCUUUCAAGAAGCCUCUUUGUCCGAAGCAGAAUCACCAACCCCUCCCGCAACACUACCUUUGGGUGACAAAGUCCCAAGAGAAGAGUCACCACUUGACUUCUUUUUCAGAGCAGACAGGGCGGAAAAGGAAAGGGCGCGGAGUGCUAGCUCACUUAAUCCUGCUCUGAAAGCUACAGGCCCUUUCCCCCCACCACAAGACCAUCGAAAUAUCCAAACACCGCCAGCAGUCGGGAGCCAGCGACGACCAAGUCAUGUCCAGAGGACUUCGACCGGUGGUAGUGGCAUGUUUGCGAUGGAAUUAGAUGGUCCUCAAAGUCCUGGGGCUUCUCUUGGCCCAGCGUUCUCCACUCCUUAUUCUGAUCGUAUUAACGCUGCCAAAAAGAACCGUCCCCGUGAGGAUGCGCAAAAUGCCUUGGAGCGGUCUGAAGCAUUGAAGGCCUACCUCUUCUCUGAUCAUACGGUCUCUCCACCUCCAAAUCACACUACAACAACCAUUGGAUCAUCUCCAAUGACUCCCAAUUCUACCUAUUCUCCGAAUAAUCAGAGAAGUCCAGCUAUGGCCCCUCCUUCGCAACAAAAUGGCUUCCAUCAAAAUCAAGAGCGGAGGGGUAUGUACCAAUCUAACAAUUCUGCUCGUGCCUCUGGUCUUCGUCAGGAAGUUACUCCUACCAAAACUCCUUCAAUGACACCUGACCGCAACACACAAUUUGCUCAUUCACCUAUUAAUUCUCAAAUAUACGGCAAUGUCAUGAAUUCAAAUCACGGCAAUUUUAUUAGGAGCUCAUCGUCUCAGGUUGCAUCUCCUUCUCCUUCGUUAUCAUACGGCGUUUCAUCUGGAAAUAAGAAUACGGAUCUUCAAGGGAUGGAGAACAGUCUGCGCAAACUACUAAACCUAGACUCUUCGCAGCGUUAG